AUGGAUAUGGCUUCUGUCUCUCUCACCUUCUCUUCUUCCAUUGUCCCCUCUCCAAUUCCCCAACCCAAAUGCAACAAAACCCACACAAGACCCAAAGUUUCAACCUUUCGUAUUACCCGCUGCGCAAUUUCACCUCCACCCUCAAAAUCCGCUUCCAAUUCCUCCCCAGUUGUCAAAAAGAAACACUGGAAACAAGGCGAGUUUCCGGGUUUUUCCCAAUCUGAGGGGAGCACGAGGAGGAGCCCGAUUAAGAAUCUCAAGAAGAAAUUCGACCGAAAGAACAAUGCUAAGGCUUGGGUUAACACUGUUACUGAAGCUUUAUCUGAACGCAUAGACAAGAAACAGUGGCUUCAAGCCCUUGAGGUAUUUGACAUGCUCAGAGAACAAUCUUUUUACCAGCCCAAAGAAGGGACUUACAUGAAACUCAUUGUGCUACUUGGAAAAUCGGGUCAACCCCACCGUGCCCGUCAGCUUUUUACCACAAUGGUUGAAGAGGGUUGUGACCCUACUCCCGAACUAUACACGGCGUUGCUCGCUGCGUAUUGCAGGAGCAACAUGAUUGAUGAGGCCUUUUCGAUUCUUAAUGAGAUGAAGAGCCAUCCUCUUUGUCAGCCUGAUGUUUUCACUUACAGCACAUUGAUAAAAGUCUGUGUGGAUGCUUUCAAAUUUGAAUUGGUUGAGUUACUGUAUGAAGAAAUGUCUCAAAGAGGCAUCAUGGCUAAUACUGUUACGCAGAACAUUGUUUUGAAUGGUUAUGGCAAGGCAGGGAUGUUUGAUCGGAUGGAGCAAGUUCUGUCGAGUAUGCUGCAGAGCACUGAUUGCAAGCCUGAUGUUUGGACCAUGAAUACGAUCAUUAGUGUUUUUGGUAAUAUGGGUCAGAUUGAUAUGAUGGAGAAAUGGUAUGAAAAGUUCCGUAAUUUCGGGAUAGAACCAGAAACACGUACUUUUAAUAUCUUGAUUGGUUCCUAUGGAAAGAAAAGAAUGUAUGACAAAAUGUCAUCUGUUAUGGAAUAUAUGCGAAAGUUGCAAUUUCCAUGGACCACCUCUACGUACAACAAUGUGAUUGAGGCAUUUGCAGUUGCAGGGGAUGAUAAAAAUAUGGAGUAUACAUUUAAUCAGAUGCGUUCUGAGGGUAUGAGAGCAGAUACCAAGACAUUUUGCUGCCUUGUCAAUGGUUUUGCAAAUGCAGGGCUCUUCCAUAAAGUGAUUAGUAGUGUUCACUUGGCUGCGAAGCUUGAGAUACCAGUGAACACUGCCUUUUAUAACGCGGUCUUAUCUGCAUGUGCAAAGGCGGAAGAUUUGAUGGAAAUGGAGAGAGUUUUCACGCGUAUGAAAGAUAACCAAUCUCAACCGGAUGACACAACUUACUCAAUCCUGAUCGAGGCAUAUAGAAAGGAGGGUAUGAAUGACAAGAUAUAUUAUUUGGAGCAGGAAAAGAAGACGAUGAUAACCGGUGAUGAUAAGAUAGUGAGCCAGCCUGAGGAUGAAAUCUUUAGUUGA